UUAAGCACUAAGACUGAAAGAAAACUUGCUGUUAAACAAAUGGGGGAAAGGGAUAAUAUAGUUAAAUAAAUCAUAAGGACAUAGGCUCUCUCUCGCUCUCUCUCUCUCUCUCUCUCUCUCUCUCUCUCGGAGCGUACACUAUUUCCUGCCUCCUGUUGCGUCAUUCCACAAGCUCUACUUCCCCACAGCCCUUAAGUUUCUAUUUCCACAGAAUGUCUGUGAGAUCUGGGAGGGGGCGGAGCACAUGAUAUAAAGGCAGCGUUGGAAGAAUGACAGUCAUGAGUCAUUUCUUUGGCUGUCUGAUCCACACUCUGAAAAAUGGCAAACGCGAAUCCACAGCGACAUGAAGAGGUUACCAUCCGCGAGAGAAUAAAUUCACGUGUAAUAAAGGAGCGCUUCAUCACAGGGAAGCAUAGUAGUUUAGAGGAACUGAAAGAGAAAAUGCUCAAGCAGAGGCCUCGGGAUCCCAUGGUGAAGUAUUUAAUAAAGGAGAAUAUCCCACUCUACCCAACUCCAGUUGAAUUUUGGGUUUCAGAUGUAGCCCAUGCUACUGACGAGGACGGAUUCACGGGGAUACUGAAGUCUGAGGAGUUCAGACCUCCUAAAAGUGAGUUCUCAUGGUGGGACUUAAAAAUUAACAAAGAGGAGAUAAGAGCAGCAGAGAUGCGUUACAUGGAAAAGAAAUUCUCAAAGCCGGCACAAGAGCUGAAAAAGCCAGAGUCGUUUCUGGAAGAGUUCACCACAUCACCCCUGUUCCAACUAGAGAAAUCCCGCUACGGCAAUUAUCGCUUCACAUUUCCGCUCACUGAUCUGAUGCAAUGGUACAAGGAACAGAACUGUGGAGGAGAAGACCCGGUUCUCAGAGUGUACGAGACCAUCACCUACAGACAGGAGAUUGUGUACACCGUGCUGAUUCACAGUCCUGAGGAUAACACUCGUUUUACAGAAUACCCGCUUCUUAAAGAGAGUGAAUGGGUUCGUUAUCAGGAUGGGAGGAUUAUCUGGAACGCACAAGCCAUUUGUGAAACCCACAGUUAUCAGUUUAUAUCAGGAAAAGUACAAAGCCUAGAUCCUCCUGAAACCCGCCCUGAGUUUUAUGUCUGGGAUCAGGUUAGUUUAGUCUUUCACUUGCCAAAAGGUACUAAACCUAUUAAAGCCCUGAAAAUCCCCAAAGAACGUCUUAUAGAAGCCCUCGAGGCCUGUGAACUUGAUGAGAUAGUAGAUCUCCAGCAUUACAAAAGUUCUAACCACAAAGACAAAUGCUUCUUGGAAGCAACAAAAAAAGUGAGCGAAUUGAAACAAAAGCUGGCAGAAGAGAAAAAAGAGAGCAAAGAUGAUGAUAAUAUAAAAAUGGAGGUAGAUCCAUGAUUGUGAACGAUUCAAAGUAGGAGUUAGACAGUAAAGAGGAUGAAGAUCAGUCAAAAAGUGUAAGACGUAUUCAUGGGUAGAAAGUACAAAAUACCUCUCAUACUGUAUAUUUAACCAUAUUGUUAUAUUUCACCACAUAAGAUGUAAUAUUCAUAUCUAAUUUCCAUCAAUUCAGAAAUAAUCACAACAAUGUAAUGUUUUGUAAUCAUUUUAGUUUAAAAAAUAUGAGCUAUCCUGAUUUGUAAUGAUCAUUUUCUGGAUUUAUUGUGAGUGCACAAAUGAUAAUAUGUAUGUAACAGGAGAUGAAUAAAAAAUUCUCUGUGAUUUAAUUUUCAUUUAUUUCUCUGU